AUGCACGAGGACACCAACAUCGCUAUUCAACGUGAAGUUGUGAAGUACAUGACACCCAUCGGCCUGUUGAUGAAUGCAAUCUUCCUGUACGUUGUGGCACGUAUCAAGUCCAUGCACUCCAUUGUCAACAUCUACCUUGGAAAUUUAGCUGCGGCAGAUACGGUUAUUCUUGCGAGUUCUCUCGUUUCACUAUUAUGGCAGACGAGAAGCAUUUGGCGUGAUUUGAUUCUGGUGUCUCUUGCCAAUGUCAGCACCUUCGCAUCCCACUUCUUCGUGACUGCUUUGGCUUUCGAGCGGUACUUUGCCAUCUGCCGUCCGCUGACAUUUCGCGCCGAGGCCGGCAAAGGUAGAGCCUUCAAGAUCACGGCAGGACUGUGGGUAACAGCCAUCGUGGUAGGAUUCGCGGUGACUGCAGCUUUCGUGUGGGGAGGGGAUGCUGGAUCCAACGCCACAAAUGUUGUAACCAUGGUCCACUACACAGUGGGUCUGGUCAUCAACGUCUACCUGUAUGUUUGUAUUGUCAAGAAACUAAGACAGCAACCCAAGAUUACGUCUUCGGAUGAUCAUCAACAGCGACUGCGCCGAGUGAUCCUCAUGCUCAUCGUAAACACCGCCGUGUUUUUCGCCUUGAAUAUCACGUCCAUCAUUGAAGCAAUAAUGGUGGCAAUCAUUGCAUGGUCCAGCCUCUCUUAUUCGAGUCUGGUCAAACUAAAUCAUUCCUGGAUCGAUUUAGUCAUUGUCGUGUUCAUCCUGGGUUUGUUCAAUAGUUCCGUAAAUCCUCUGGUUUACAGUGGAGUAAACUCGGACUACAGAGAAGCCUUAGUGGAGGCCUUCUCGUUCUUAAAUCCCAAACGCUAUUGCUGUCGAAACCGGGAUACCACACAGCGGCCAGCUCAGCAGAUCGAGAUGCAAGAAAUAAAGCCAAGACACGGCCGGGCAGCAGCCGGCAAUGAGGUUUGA